AAAUAAACUACAAAAGUAACCUGAAGAAAAAUCACACUCAGCUUUCCACUUUUUCUUCCUCGCGUUUUCAAGUUUCAACUGUUCACCGGCCGACCCUCCCACCCACCACGCGAAAGCACCACCGCGUCCGAAAGGGUCCAUUUAAAGCCAGAGCAAAACUUUGUAUGGACUGACCCAACACAUGGAUUAUUUGAUCCUAAUGGGAUUCGAACUUUGAGACAUUGAGAAGAGCACACUCUUAAGACCCAAGGCCUCAUGCAUACUUUUGUUGAUUUUAAUUAUGCAUUUUAACGACUAGUUUUGAGAUAUGGAGUACGAACAGUCUUGUGUUAAGAAAUAUGAGAAAUUUACAUGGAAGGUUGAAAACUUCUCUAGCUUGAAAACCAAUAAAGUUUACUCUGAGCCUUUUGUCUUAGGCGGCUAUCCAUGGAGGAUUCGUAUGUUUCCAAAGGGGAACAAUAUGUUAACAAAGGGGAACCGUAAAGCCAAUUACUUAUCCAUUUAUUUGGAGGCUAUGAAAACUGCUAAUAUGUCUGAGGGAUGGAACAGAGAUGUCCAAUUCAAGUUUCUUCUAUUCAAUCAACUGGAUGCAAAGAUGACCAUCACAAAAGAAACUAGCCAUAAAUUCAAUGCAGGUGAGGAUGACUGGGGAUAUACACAUUUCAUGACACUUGCUGAGCUUCAUGAUCCUAAAAAAGGGUUUAUCUUGAAGGAUGCUUGUAUUUUUGGUGUUGAAGUACUUGUUUCAAAGUCAACACAUGAGAAACCAGUAAACUUAGGUGGAUCUCUAAAAUUUGGAAGUCAAAGUGGUGUCAUUGAAGACCAAAGUCCAGAGUCAGAAAUGUCAAAUCAGGAAACUCUUUCAACAGUUUCUAAUUUAGUUUUCAAUGAAACUUCUAAAAAAUCUGAUGCAGAGUCGGGGUAUGCUGCAAUGGGGAAAGUUCUUUAUUUCCUUAACACUAGAAAAGUGAAAGACCUGAACGAACAAUCAUGUAAGGAACUUCAAGUUCUAUGGGACGACCUUGCCAAAUAUAAAUUUGAUAUUACUUGGCUAGAGCCACAAGUUCAAUCUGCUUUAAGAAGUAGAAGUUAUGUGGAGAAAUCUCUGGAGGUAGAAAAACUGAAAGGGAAUGUUGCUGAUCUAGAGCUGGAAACAGAGAGGCUAAAGGCAAAAUUGGCUGCUGCCGAAGUAAAUCUUGAGAUAGAAAGGGAUUUGUUGAAAGCUGAAGGUAUCAAAGAAAGAGAUUUGGAUUCUGAAUUGGGUUCAGGGAGUUGGAAGUCAUAGACCAUAGUUAAACAUGAGUUUUUUGGAGUUACUUAUGAAUUGCACUUACAAAUUGUACUUUCGUGGUAAUAGUUUCGGUCGUGUGUUGAUGAAAAUAUAUUAAGCUGAAUGUGUAUUUCCGGUCCACUAAGGCCAUUACAAUUGGAAAAUGAAAAUCAGAGUUAUUAGGCAUUGUUUUUA